AUGGCCGACCUACCGAUCAAGUUCCAAGAGAAUUUGAAGCUGUCGGCAGUUGGCGUGCCCGACUCGGCAGUGGGUUUCAACACCUGCACGCUCGAAAGCGACCGCUUCGUGUGUGUACGUGAGGAGUCCGCCGCGGGGAACCAGGUCGCCAUUAUCGACCUCAAGAACGCCAACGAAGUCACCCGCAAGGCCAUGACCGCUGAUUCGGCCAUCAUGUGCCCCAAUGAGAUGAUCGUCGCCCUCCGGGCCCAAGACACAGUUGUUCAGGUUGUCAAUCUCGCGACCAAGCAGCGCCUCAAGAACACCACCAUGACCGAGCCCAUCACGUUUUGGAAGUGGGUGUCGCCCUCGACUCUGGGUCUGAUUACUGCCCGUUCCAUUUAUCACUGGGAUAUUUUGGACGCGUCUCAGGCCUCUCCCGUCAAGGUCACCGACGUCCAUGCCACCAUGGCGGGGGCUCAGCUUAUCAAUUACGAGAUCAACGGCUCCGGCAAGUGGACCGUGCUCACCGGUAUCUCGGAGCAAGGUGGCCGCAUUGUCGGACGUAUCCAGCUUUUCUCCCAUGAGCGCCAAAUGUCGCAGGCUAUUGAAGGCCAUGCUGCCGGCUUUGGUACUCUCCAACUCGAGGGUGGCUCAAUUCCGGCCGAUCUCUUUACCUUCGUCAACCGUACCGAGCAGGGUGCAAAGUUGCACGUUAUCGAGAUUGAUCACCAGGAUGGCCAACCCGUCUACCAAAAGAAGCAGGUCGAUAUGUUCUUCCCUCCUGAAUUCGCUACCGACUUCCCAGUCGCUUGCCAGGUCAUUCAAAAGUAUGGUAUCAUCUUCGUCGUGACUCGUAUGGGUUUUAUCCACCUCUACGAUCUUGACUCUGGUGCUGCUAUCUUUAUGAACCGCCUCUCGAGCCAGCAAGUGUUUGUUACCUGCAAGACUGAGGACCGUGGUAUUAUGGUUAUCAACCGUGGCGGUCAGGUUUUGUCUGUUGAGGUUAAUGAGGACAACAUCGUUCAGUAUAUUCUCAACAACGGCAACCCUGCUUUGGCUCUGGCCCUUGCCUCUCGCGCCGGUCUCUCUGGUGCCGAUAGCAUGUACACUCAGCAGUUCGAGCUUCUCUUGUCUCAGGGUCAAUACAGCGAGGCCGCGAAAAUUGCCGCAUCCUCUCCAAGAGGUAUUUUGCGCACCCAAAACACCAUCCAGCGCCUCAAAAACGUUCAGGCUCCUCCUGGAGAAGUCUCCCCUAUCCUUCAGUACUUCUCCUCACUCUUGGACCGUGGUACCCUCAACAAGCAUGAGUCAAUUGAGCUUGCCACUCCGGUUCUUCAGCAGGAUCGUAAGCAGCUCUUGGAGAAAUGGAUUCGCGAGAAUAAGCUGACUCCCAGUGAAGAGCUAGGUGACCUGAUCCGUCCCUAUGAUGUCACAUUGGCUUUGGCUAUUUAUUUGCGUGCCAAUGUUCCUCUUAAGGUUGUUGCCGGUUUUGCUGAGCUUGGUGAGUUCGACAAGAUCAUGCCCUAUUGCGAAAAGGUCGGCUACAAGCCCGACUACGCUCUCCUUUUGCAAAAUAUUGUUCGUUCAAACCCCGACAAGGCUGCAGAGUUUGCUCAAUCGCUGGUUGCCAACCCUGCCACUGCUAAUGAGCUCAAUAUGGAUCGUAUCGUAGAUGUGUUCUUGGGUCAGAACCUAGUUCAGCAGGCUACGGCUUUCCUGUUGGACGCCCUCAAGGAUAACUCUCCUCAGCACGCACACCUGCAGACCCGCCUUCUUGAAACCAAUUUGAUGAAUGCUCCUCAGGUCGCUGAUGCAAUUUUGGGCAACCAGAUGUUCAGCCACUACGACCGUCAUCGCAUUGCCAGCCUGGCUGAGAAGGCCGAGCUUUACCAGCGCGCUCUUGAGAACUACGAUGAUAUCAAGGAUAUCAAGCGUGUCAUUGUUCAUGCUCAUACUUUGCCUCAGGAUUGGCUGUUGCAGUUCUUCGCUUCUUUGACCGUCGAGCAAACUGUUGAGGUUCUUCGUGAAAUGCUUCGCGUGAACGUCAAACAGAACCUGCAGACCGUCAUUCAGGUGGCCAUCAAAUAUGCUGAUCUGGUGGGAGCAAUGAAGCUGGUUGCUCUAUUUGAAGAGUUCAAGACCGCCGAAGGUCUGUACUACUUCCUUCAAUCUAUCGUGAACUUGACCGAGGACCCUGCCGUUGUUUUCAAGUACAUCACCGCGGCCGCUUCAAUUGGCCAGUUCUCGGAAAUUCAGCGCAUUGUGAGUGACAAUCGCGUUUACAACCCCGAGAAAGUCAAGAACUUCCUCAAAGAUGCCCGCUUGGCUGAUCAGCUGCCGCUGAUCACCUUGUGUGAUAAACACGGCUUCGUUCACGAGUUGGUUUUGUAUUUGUACCAGAACCAGCAGUUCCAGUUCAUCCAGGUCUAUGUUCAACAGGUCAACCCCUCUAGCACACCCCAGGUUAUUGCUGGUUUGCUGGAUGUUGACGCAGACGAGCAGCGUAUCAAGGAUUUACUGGACUCCGUUGUUGGCCAAGUUCCCAUUGAGCCGCUUGUUGCUGAAGUCGAGAAACGUAACCGUCUCAAGCUUUUGCUGCCUUUGCUCGAGAAGACCAUUGCUGGUGGCUCGCAGGAGCCAGCUGUCUAUGAUACUUUGGCAAAGGUCUACAUUGAUUCGAACAACAACCCUGAAAAGUUCUUGCGCGAGAACACUUUGUACAACCCUUUGGUUGUUGGUGCAUACUGUGAAAGCCGUGAUCCCUACCUCGCUGUCAUUGCCUACGAGCGGGGCCAGAACGAUCAAGAGCUUAUCAAUAUUACCAACGAAAACUCCAUGUUCAAGCACCAGGCUCGCUACUUGGUGAACCGUGGUGAUAUCGAUUUGUGGGCUUCUGUUCUCAGCGAGGGUAACGUCCACCGUCGCCAACUUGUUGAUCAAGUUGUCGCCGUUGCCGUUCCCGAAAGUCAGAAUGCUGAAAACGUUGCUAUCGUCGUAAAGGCGUUUAUGGGUGCCGAUUUGCCUGGUGAGCUUAUCGAGUUGCUGGAGAAGAUUAUUCUGGAGCCUUCUCCUUUCAGUGAGAAUGAGAAUCUGCAGAACCUGUUGAUUCUUACUGCCAUCAAGGCUGAAAAGUCCAAGGUCUCAAACCUUAUUGAGCGACUCGACAAGUACGAUGUGGAUGAGAUCGCUCAGCUGUGUCUGGAUCAUGACCUUAACGAGGAGGCCCUGCAGGUCUACAACAAGGCUGACCGCAACGUUGAUGGUAUGCGAGUUCUGACGGAGCAUAUCAUGUCUCUCGAUCGGGCGUCUGAUUAUGCUGAAAAGUAUGAAACUCCUGAGCUUUACAGUGCAUUGGCAAAGGCUCAGCUCGCCGGAUUACGUGUCUCGGACUCUCUGUCGUCCUACAUCAAAGCCCAGGAUCCCAGUAACUUUGCUGAAGUUAUUGAGAUUGCUGAGCGCGCUGGUAAGGAUGAUGAGCUCGUUGACUAUCUCAAAAUGGCCCGUCGCUCUCUGCGGGAGCCCCUGGUUGAUGGACAGCUGAUGGUCUGCUACGCUACUCUUGGCCGCACCUCCGAGCUGAAUGAGCUUGUUGAUGGUCCCAAUGUUGCUGAUGUUGAGGCUGUUGGUGAUAAGCUUGUUGAGCGUGAGCAGCACCAGGCUGCGAAGAAGCUGUACUCAUCUAUCUCCAAUUGGGCCAAGCUUGCCACUACCUUGGUCCACCUUGGUGAGUACCAAGCUGCUGUUGAUGCUGCUCGCAAGGCUUCAUCUGUUAAGGUUUGGAAAGAGGUUAACGAGGCUUGUUUGGACAAGAAGGAGUUCAAGCUCGCUCAGAUCUGUGGUCUCAACCUUAUCGUUCACGCCGAGGAGAUGCACGGCCUUGUGAGCCGCUACGAGUACAUGGGCGCCAUUGAGGAGCUUAUUUCUCUUUUGGAGCAGGGUCUUGGUCUUGAGCGCGCUCACAUGGGUAUGUUCACUGAGCUUGCUGUGGUGUUCUCCAAGUAUCACCCUGAGAAGCUGAUGGAGCACCUCAAUCUGUUCUGGUCUCGUAUCAACAUCCCCAAGGUCAUUCGUGCCUGUGAGGCUGCCCACUUGUGGCCCGAGCUGGUGUUCUUGUACUGCCACUAUGACGAGUUUGAUAAUGCCUCCUUGGCCAUGAUCGAGCAUGCAGCAGACGCAUUCGACCACAACUCGUUCAAAGAUAUUGUCGUCAAGGUGGCCAACUUGGAGAUCUACUAUAAGGCAAUCUCGUUCUAUAUGUCUGAGCAGCCUCAGCUGAUUUCUGAUCUGCUUGCAGCUUUGACUCCCCGUAUUGACGUUGAGCGAGUUGUCCGCAUGUUCCAGAAGAGCGAUAACCUGCCCAUGAUCAAGUCGUUCUUGGUUGCAGUCCAGGACAAGAACUUGUCUUCGGUCAACAGCGCGUACCACGAUCUGCUGAUCGAGGAGGAAGACGCCAAGUCACUGCGGGACUCGGUUGAUGCGUUCGACAAGUACGAUCCGAUCGACCUGGCUCAGCGUCUCGAGAAGCACGAGCUCAUUCAGUUCCGUCAGAUCGCCGCCCACCUCUAUGCCAAGAACAAGAAAUGGAGCAAGUCAAUCUCCCUGUCCAAGGAAGACAAGCUGUGGGCCGAUUCGAUCCGCACGGCUGCCCUGUCGGGAAAGACCGAGGUUUCCGAAGACCUGCUGCGCUACUUUGUGGACAUUGGUAACAAGGAAUGUUACGUCGCUACUCUCUACACUUGCUACGAGCUCAUCCGCCCUGACGUUGUCGAGGAGCUCUCGUGGCGGUUCAAUCUCCGCGACUAUACCAUGCCGUACUUUAUCAACCAAAAGCGUGAACAGCUCGCGCUUCUCGACGAGCUCAAGGCCGCCGAGGAAGCCCGCAAGGCUGCUGCUCCGACCGACGAAGAGGCUGCUGCUCCAGUCCCGCUCAUGAUCGGCUAUACUUACUAG